AUCACCUAAUUCAAAACAUAGUUUAAAAAUGUAAAAGUAAUAAUAUGUUAUAACUUUUAAAUUGAACUUCAAUAUACAAAACCAGGAAAUAAAUCCCCUUUAAUAAACCAGGGAAUCAAAAAUAUAAAUGAUUUAUUUCCUGGAAUUAAAAAAAAAAAAUCAAUAUAAAAAUAAUGAUUUAAUAGAGAAAAUAAAAAAUGAAUGGAGAGAAAAUGAAAGCGUAUGUCGCGUAAAACUAACGCAAAUGAAUAUAAUAUAUAAACCCCUUUUCCCUUCUCUAUUCCUUAACUCUAUUCUCUUCUCUCCUUUCUAAAACCCCAAUUUCACUUCCUCACCCUCUCACGCUGCCUCACAUAGCUCUCUAAGCUUUCCAAUUUCCAUGGCUUUGCCCAACCAGCAGACUGUUGACUACCCCAGUUUCAAGCUCGUUAUCGUCGGCGAUGGUGGAACUGGAAAAACCACCUUUGUCAAGAGACAUCUCACAGGGGAGUUCGAGAAGAAGUAUGAACCCACCAUUGGUGUAGAGGUCCAUCCAUUGGACUUUUUCACAAACUGUGGUAAAAUCCGAUUCUACUGCUGGGACACUGCUGGUCAAGAGAAGUUCGGUGGUCUUAGAGAUGGUUACUACAUUCAUGGACAGUGUGCUAUUAUCAUGUUUGAUGUAACGGCUCGCCUGACAUACAAGAAUGUGCCUACAUGGCACAGAGAUCUUUGCCGUGUGUGCGAGAACAUUCCCAUUGUUCUUUGUGGAAACAAGGUUGAUGUGAAGAACAGGCAGGUUAAGGCCAAGCAGGUCACCUUCCACAGGAAGAAGAACUUGCAAUACUAUGAGAUAUCUGCAAAGAGUAACUACAAUUUUGAGAAGCCUUUCUUGUAUCUUGCCAGGAAGCUUGCUGGGAACACUGAUAUUCACUUUGUUGAGUCUCCUGCCCUUGCUCCUCCUGAAGUACACAUUGACUUGGCAGCACAACAAAUUCAUGAAGCCGAACUUGCUCAAGCUGCUAAUCAGCCUCUUCCUGAUGACGAUGAUGAUACAUUUGAGUAAAAAGGAAGAGCUAGUACUUGCUGGAGAAGCUUGCAUUCAAGCUUCCGUUCUUUUUUUGUGAACGCUUGGUUUUCUGAUGAGGGUGUUGUGUUAGGAAAUUCACUCAUAUUUGGCUGGAUUUUAUCUAUAUUUACUGUAGGAUGCUUUUUAUUUUAAGUAAUAUCUCAUUGGGCUAUCUCAAUGGAGUUCAGUUGUGCUAUUUUCGUUUUGAGUUCAUUGUGUAAAACUCAUUCGGAUGAUUUAUUGCUUUCUGCAUCAGAUUUUAAUGAGAAAAUAGUUGCUUUCUGAACUGCAA